CUAACACGUAAAGUCUGGAGGGAUAUUUGUUCUCAGGUCAACCAUCUACAUUAAGAAACAAGGCUUCCAGAUCUAUUCUAGAAUCUAUUUGUAAACAUUCAUUUAAUUAGUGCAGUUCCCUGUGGAUUAUUGGGUGUCACUGAUGAUUGAAUAAUUUCAAAAUGUCAACAAAGUUUAGAAAUAGAAGAAAACUCAGCUCAAUGGUUAUUACAUACAAUACAAAGCGCAGAGUGAAAAGAAAAAGGCAAAUACAAUCAGAGGAUGCAAUUUCUGAUAUACAAAAAGAAGCACAGAGAGUAUGCAACUUUUGCUUAAGCGGAGAAGACUGUGAAAUAGAUUUUGGAAUGUUUUUGGGAAAAGAAGAUGUAACUGUGCAUUAUUUUUGUUUGCUUCUUUCAAGUGGCCUGUGCCAAAAUACUAAACCAAAUGACAAGAAAAGUAUUCUUGGAUUUCUGUUGACCGAUAUAAAAAAAGAGAUAAAAAGAGGAAAUAGGCUGAAAUGUUGUUUUUGCCAUGAAAAAGGAGCAACUAUUGGAUGUUGUAUUGGCUCCUGUAAAAAAGCUUUUCAUCUCAACUGUGGUCGACAAAAUGGUACCCUGCACCAGUUUUUUGACAGCUUUCAGUCAUAUUGUCCAGAGCAUAGACUGCAGCAGGAUGUUAAAGCCAAAUUACAGUUGCAAAAAGCAGGAAGUCACAUUUGCCCAAUCUGCUUGAUAUCUGUAAACUCAGCCAAAUUUCCACACUCACUAGUUGCACCUUGCUGUGUUAGGUCUCACUUCCAUAGGAAAUGCUUGCAGCAAUAUGCCAUUUCAGCGGGGAAACAUUAUUUCAAAUGUCCUUUAUGUAACUGUGUUAAGGAAUUUCAAUCUGAAAUGCAGAAAUUUGGCGUUUAUAUACCUGACCAAGAUGCAUCGUGGGAAAGAGAACCAAAUGCUUUUCAUGAUCUCCUUGAAAGAUAUGACACUUGUGAUGCUUUAGUUUGCACUUGUCCGCAAGGAAAAAACUUUGAUGCAGAUUCAGGGGAUUAUGAAUUGUUUCUCUGUGGUUGGUGCGGAUCAGCUGGAUCUCAUCUAGCUUGUGGGGCACUCAUAGAAAAAGAUGAUGUUCUUUUGUGUAAAGAUUGCGCAGAGAUAGCUGAAGAUAUAGAAAAAAAGAGCAAAAAACGGAAAUCAUGUAUAGCUGCUACUUCCCAACAAUCAUUGACUGUACCAGGAACAUCUACCAGACGCAGAGUAGGAAGACCUUCUAGAAAUUCCAAGCUACCUUCUGCUGGAUCAAGCUAUUCACAGUUGAAGCCAUCAGUAGAGUCCAAGUUGUUAAACAGCUGGAUCACAGUUUCACUAAGCAGAAUUGAUAGUUUAGUUUCGUUGUCUGAAGGAAGAAUAAAUGUAAGUGAUGUUCCAGAACUCAUAUCAACGCAGCAAGACAUUUCUAACAAUGCUCGACAAAGUCCUACUGAAGAACUCUUGCCAUCCUUGUAUUUUAUGGGUGGACAGCUGUCACCAAAGCUUGUAUUUGAUGACCCACCAUCACUGUCUCCACCCCGAGAUCUUGAUGCUUGUAAUAACUGCCACCUAGAACAAGUUACACCUUCCAAGGAAAAUGAUCAGUUGGCCAAAAUGAACCCAGAGAUUGAACUAAAGCACACUGAACUGCAAGCAAACAGUGAAGAAGUCAAGAAACAAAACUGUUUAAAAGAAUGUGACACAAACAUAAUGCACUUGAAUUGGGAUGGAACACAGCCUUCAAUUAAAAGUUUGAAACGUCCAAGUCAUACUAAUGAUUCCCCAAAGCUUUUGAGUCUGACCCAAACAAAAAUAUUUGAAUUUUUCAAAUCUGUCUGAGGUUUAUCGUUUAGUAAAAACUGUUUUUUAAAUUAUAUAUAGUUACCGGUUAAAAUUGUAUUAAAAACAUUGCUUAAAUGAUGAUUGAAAGUACAUGUAAAUACAUGUAUGUAUUUUUGUUUACACAUUUUAUUAAUGGUAUUUGGUCAUUGGACUAGGUCUAUGCUAGUUCUCAUUUUCAUUUGUAAAUUAUUUUUAAUAAUUUUUACUAUACUGAAUUUUACAAUAUUUUUUUAAUUUAUUUUAAAUUGUGACAAUGUUCUCAGUGAAUGCUGCUUACAAGAUUUAAAAGCACAUUCGGGAUAGAAAGACAUUGUGUUAACUCCAAACCUUGCUUUCUCAACUUAUUUCUCUUAACAUUAUUUUGUAGUUUGUGCUACUCCAUCUUUUGUAGAUUUUUUUCUGGCCCAAAUAAAAUAUUGUAAAUAGUGUAGUGGAUUUUGUAAAAAAAAAACAUGCUUUAUAUUUUUAUUUUAGCCGGUCAGCCACAGCUGUGAUGUUAUGUACCUGCGACCAAACCUCAAUAGAAGACUUUCCUCAAUAUUAAAAAUAUUGCAGCACAGCAAUUGUGCUCAUUGAAUUACAUACAAAAAAACUUCUUAAAAUUUUUAAAUCUUAUUAUUAUUCUUACAGCACACAAACCAGUUAUGUUGCAUUUGUAAAUGUGUAUAUAAAAAUAUAUAAUUUAAAAAGAUAUGUCACUGACUGUUUGUUGCAGUACCUAAUUUUCCAUUUAAGUAAUACAUUUUUGCUAUAUGCUUAUCAAUGCUCAUUAUAUAUUAUGUUGAGGUAAUGUAAAAGUCACUUUUUACAAGUUAAAGGUAUUAAAACAAAAGAAAGCCCAAUAAGGAGCCUAUCAGAAUUAUUUUAUUUAAAGAACUAUGUGUAUAUUUAACAAGAUAUAUAUUGCAAUUUAUAACUGAUUUGAGAGAGAAUUGUAUGCUAGAGACAAACAGUUUCUACAGAAAUAAAGAAUUUCGAAAUAAAGAUUUAGA